CCAUUUCAACCCGCCCCCUCAGGCCGCCUGUCAGUCAAGUCAGUCAGCGCGUUGGCCCCGCCCCCGUAUGCCCGUGUGAGGGAGCACUAGUACCAGUGACGCGCUGUGACGUCAGACGCAGAUGGAAAUAGGGAACCGAGAGAAUGGCUGCUGCCCAGUGCCGGAGCCCUCGGUGCACGGCGGAGAGGAAGGGAUUCCGGCGGGAACUCGACUCCUGGCGGCACCGGCUCAUCCACUGUGUAGGUUUCGAGAGCAUUCUAGAAGGGCUGUAUGGACCAGGAUUACGUAGAGACCUCAGUUUGUUUGAUGACUGUGAACCUGAAGAACUGGUUGAUUGGUGUGUGGAUGAUUUAUGUUCAUUAUGUAGCCUUCGCAAGGAUACUGGUGAUUGCUCACAGUCAGGUGGUUCAGCACAGUCCACACCUACAAUCGAACUGAUAUCUCAGGGCCAGUUCAACACAGAAAAAAUUGAAUGCCAAGCUGAAAAUUACUUAAAUGCACUCUUUCUAAAGAAAGAUCUUCCUCAGAACUGUGAUCCCAACAUUCCACUUGUAGCUCAGGAAUUAAUGAAGAAAAUGAUACGUCAAUUUGCUAUUGAAUAUGUUUCAAAAAGUCGAAAAAUGUACCCAGAGAUCAAUGGAACAGUGAGAGAUUAUCCUCUUGGUUGUAACGGUGUCCAACUGAACCAAACCGAAAGUUUACUUCAGGAAGAGCAGGAUGGUCCUCUAGACCUCACUGUGACUCGAAUUCAAGAGCAAACAUUUCAGGACGAUGAUGAAAUUUUGGAUCUUUCUGUGAAAAGUAAAAGUAAUGGACUAGAAGGGAAUUCCAAAAUCAAAAACUCCAAAAUCGGUGUCCAUGGCUAUUUUCUACGAAAAUUGAACAAAUCGGCAAAGCUGCGUAAGGAAAACACACCAUUGGUUAAAGUCUUAUCUUCGUGGUGCCCGUAUCACAGGCAGCAAGUGCUGUUCAUGCUGAAGUUCUUACAGGAGGAGCAGAAGUCAUGCUCACACAGCUGCCGUCACAAUAUGCAAAUGAAUUCAGCUGCUACUUUCUGCACCUGCACUAAACAAAACUGUACUAAGUGCAUUACUAUAAACAAGCAAACACCGUAUGUUAAUCUGCCCUAUCUUUCUGUUUGUCUAGAAGAUUUACGAUUUACGUGGCCUAACUUGGGUUUAGGCACUGUUAAACUGAAUCCCAAUAGAUAUGAAGACUUGCACCUUGAAUCCAAUGAUCAGCUCUUGCAUUGCAUUAAAACGCGUUCGAAAACAAAGAAAACAUCAUUAUUUGUUGACUGUUCCAGUUUGUACCGUUCACCAAAUCACAGGAAUCUACGCCCUCUUCAUUUGGAUGGGACUAUGUUAAAAUAUGAUUUACAAUAUGGAAGGAAUAAGAACAGUAAUCCAUUGUCCAUUUUAAAGAUGUGCUGCCAAAGAGAAGCCGAUUUCUCAUACGGACACCGAAAGAUAAAACAUACAAUCUGUAAAGAUCCAUUUAUUGAGAAGGAACGAAACUUGAAACCUACUGGAAAGAAUGCACAAUCCAUCUCACUUGACAAAACAACAAUUGGCUCUGUACAUUUUGGAAGCUUAAUUGAGCAACUUUUGAAUUCUGAAACAAAUGAAUUUGCAGAGCUGCUUGGCCAAAAUGGGAAUUGCGUAAAAAAUGAAUCUAUUCAAACAAGAUUACGCAAAAAUAAGGGAAAUAUGUCAAUAUUUGAUAAUCCUUUAUCUAGUAAUCAGGGUAUAGAAUUUGCAAAAGAACUUAUUGACCUCACGGAUCCUUUAUCUAAGGAAAAUAUUGAUUUCAGGAAGAAUUCAAAAAUGUCCACAAAAAAUAUGUCCGAAACAUCAGCCACUGCAAAAGGGCAAGCUCAUGACGUUUUUGUCUUAAAAGAUUGUGAAAGCAUUGUACCAGAGAAUGGAAAUCAAAAGAAUAUAACAGAACUACCUCAUGCUAAACUUAAAAUGCAUUCUAAGAAUGUAAUUUAUAUAAAAAAUAAUCAUCUUUGUUUACCUGACCUGUUACCGCCUUCUGAAACAAAAGCACAUGUAAGGGAGAAAAAGAAGCGACACGCUCACCCAGAUGCCAUUGUUGAUAGCGAUAUACCACUUAAACGAUCUUCCAGAAAUAUUUUGGGAAAAUGUAAAUUGUGUGAUGUCUCACAUGGGCCAUGCUCUGUUCAAGGCUACAGUAACUUAUUUUGCAAAUGCACAAUCAGCCAAAACUCAGGGAUUUUAAAGAACUUUAAAGCCGAAGGACUAAGGCCUAGAAAAACACAUACUGAUAAAAUUAAAAACACCCACUUGAAGAUAGUGCUUGAAAAACUGAAGAAGCCCACCCAGUCAUUCGACAAUACAUCAAAGAGAAAGGAGGAUGUUUGUAAAAGACAAAAUGGGACCAUAUGCAAUCCUAGUACUAAUUUCUGUUCAGGUAUAUUGGAUCGGAACAACCGUGAUGUGUUGUACUCCGAACAGUUGUCACAAUUACCACUGACCAAUGUGAGACGAAGCAACCGCCUCACUUUGGGAUUGGUAACCCAAUCACACUGUGUAGAUUUAGCUGUAAAUCAAGAAACUGUAAAUAUGGAAACUGCACCAGUCACACCAUCAAGAAAUACAUACUUUAGUCCAAUAAAGCUUAUGUUCGUUUCUAAGGUUGAAAGGGAAGAUGGAAUUAAGUACACUUUAAGUUGUGAGUAUACGCCAUUGAAUAAAAACAGAAAUGACCAGCCUUUGGAAGAGACAGUUAAGCAUUCUGAUGGUGCGGAUUCUUCUGACUGUUACAGUGAGUCUAGCAUUCCUAACAGCGUUCAAAAUGAACUCUGCAAGAACAUUACCUCUCCAAGUACUUUAGAAUCUAAAGCCACUGCACAAAAUGGUCCUGCAGAAACAAAUACUUGCUUACACGAGAGUUUACUUGAAAGAAAAUCUGUACGACCCCAUAAGCUUAACCACCAAGUUCCCAAGAACAUAAGAAGGCCUGUAGGUAGACUAUCAAAGUCAAAGAACCUUUCAAUGAAAAAAAAUGAUAAAAUGCAAAAUGAUAUCCUGAUCCUUCCCGAUAACACAAACAACAGUAUAAAACUCUCUAAAAUGCCAAAAAGGUUUGGAAGUUCACACAAUACUGAAAAAUAUGUUGUUAAAAAUAUGUCCAGCACUCAGAUGACAAUUAAAAAAAUGCACCAGUUACAGGAAUCUUCUGAACGGCAUCUACGUACACGUCACUUUAAAUAUGUGGGACCCCAGACAGGCCAUACUACUUCACUUGAAUCACAUGACUGUGUUGAAUCACCGAGGAUUUCCAAACGUCUUCAGAAGCUGGGAAAGCUUUCCAAUGUCUCAGGCGUGUGUGCGACCUCUGACUGCAUGUCAGAGCGGGGAAGACAGAGGACCUUAACCAAGUCUCUAUCACCUUUAUACCAAAUAAUGAAAAAUACAGCUGUCAGGUCAGAAAGUGGCAGAGAAGAGAAAAAGCUCAACCAAGUCAUCAACAUAAAAAAGAAUACAUUUCGAAGAUCUAGACUGAUAAAUGGACAAUGCUCAAAUCAUGCAACCAGAUCUAGGAAGCCAUUUCUACUUGCACUUUGUUCUGUUACACCAUCUAGAUUUUCAUUUGGAAGUGCCUUACAUCAUAGAUCGAAGAAGUUACAUUUUGACAAAUGGAGAGUUUACAGAAGGAAACUGAGAAGUUAUAGGCAAAAUUUUAAACUGCCUUCAAUAUGUUUAAACCGCAUCCACAAUGUAGUUCAAAGUCAACAUCGUACUGCGGAUCCUGUUUUUCAGUCCAGCACUGUCCUUGAAUGGUGGUCGUCAUCCACAUCAAAGGAGUCUUUGUUAAGAGAUCUAGAGAGAAAGUACGAAUAUAUGGCAAAUACAUGGCUUAGCGAGAACAAUUUGGAAAUAGCUAAUGAAACAGAGGAUUUGCCAACGUUAAAUGUUCACAGCUCAAAAACUAGAUCACCUGUCCAGAUGCUGUUUCAGAAAAAAUGUGAUAUCAAUGACCUCUCGACCUGGUUUAUGCAAACAACAGAAACACAAUCCAUUGCAAUAGUGAGAAAAUCUAAUGCUCGCAGUCCUCCUCAGAAAAGUAAUAGGAAGGGGUCUAGAACACACAAACCCAAUAAGAGUUCUCGUAAAUAUAAAAAACAAUUAAAAUGCAUGCAGCUGGCCUCAUCAGAUACCUUAAAAGAGAUGCCGUGCAUUUCAAAGUUGUUUCAAGCUGAAGCCUUUACUUUAAAUACUAGUAAGAGAAAACGCAAAGAUAGCCAGUGUCCAAACAGUUUACAAAGUGUGGAUGAUGGGAUUCAAGAUGUUUGUGUCAAGUUUGCAAGCCCUGGUAAGAUUAUGGAAAUGACCCAAGUCUAUGUGGAUUCCAAUAAUUACAAAAUGGCCAAAGAAAUUGGCCAGCCAGACCAAAACGAUCUAAUUGAUACUACCUGUCAUGGAACUGUACGAAUACCCUAUUCCAUUAACGCAAUGGGUGGUAUUUCUUCUAAAAGAGAUAAAAUCUUGGAGAAAGAGCCCUCCAAGUCAGAACCAAAAACUGCCAAUAGGUAUCAAAGCAGCAAUCGAGACAUUAAAGAUUGUAAGGUUUUUCUAACCAAACUUAGUGGCCUAGAAGGUAAAAUGUCACACACAAAUGCAGUUAAAAACGUGGCUGAUAUGAACAAAUAUACAUUUAUGUCCGACGUCAAUUUGAAAAAUGGUUUUAGAACAAAGUAUGACCUACAUGUGGACCAAACUCUGCCCAAACCACCAUGUACCCUAAAAAUAGUAGCACACACAAACAGUAAUAAACGCAGCUAUCACCUAAGAAGAAGAAGAAGAACGGUAACUUUUGAUAAUCACUGCAAACCGUCAAUUCUUGAAGAAAGAAAAAAACAUUCAGUUGAUUUAGUCAUAGAAACAAACAAAAGGAGUCCUGGGCAACAGCUUCUAACUGCAGGAAAGAAGCAUACCGAUUACCCAAAGUUCCAAUUUGGACACCUGAAACCUGUUAGAAUUCCGGCAAUACGAGGACUUUCUAGUAAAGAUGGCACUUACUCCUUAACUCCCAUCCGUAUCCCAUUCCAUUAAUGUGCAAAGCCUGUCAGUGACCAGUUAUGGGUAUAUGGAAGUGAGAACACCAAUGUGCCUUCUUCAGCUGUUCCGUCCACUAUGGUGCUAUAAUGCAGUCUGUCCUGCGCUGCUACUGCACGGCACUGAGUCAGAAGUACACAUUGCACUAGUUGUAUGUUACGUUACUUUAUGUACAUCUCAAAAUGCAGCAACCUCAAUUUUAUUGUGUUUUCUAGGUAUAUAUUAAAUUUAAAUCUGUAUAUAAAUGUUACAGAAGUAACUAUGGGUAAUGUGGCCACAUUCACUCUUACGAACUACAAUAGUGAUUGGAGGCCAGUGGUGGAGGGUAAGCCUUGUAUACAGGCACAUUUAUGCCAGCAAUUCUGACUGUUUAUGUGGUUGAUUGGUGCAUGUAACACUGGGAGAGGUGUUUAAUGGGGAGGGGGGGGGGAAGCUAUUAAAUCAAGUGGGAAAUAGAAGAUCACUGUUGGGCUUCAAUACAUUGUUUUGUUUUUCUUUAAUUGAACAACUAUUUAUCACUAUACAUGAAAGUACAAUUUUGGAAUGGAAUCUUGCAACAUUUUUUUUUUGUGCCUUGGAGUACAGGGUAUAUGGAUUCUAAGUCCAGUUACCGCUUGUGUGCGGUUGGGGUAUGCUAUUCUGUACGACACACUGUGCAUAAUGGUGAAACUGUAUAAAUAAAGGAUACAAUGUG